ACUUCCAAACGGCCGUGUGAUGAGGGAAGGGCCGAGUGUCAACAUUGAGGUUCGGGAGGGACUGGAAAAGCUCAAUAUUUUUCUAAAUAAUUUCGCUAUUCUGAGCGAAAAUGCCGCUUUACGAGGGCCUGAGCGGGAUUGGACUGAUAAAUGAGAAGAACACGACGGUUGUGUUCGAUUUCGGGACGGCCUAUACCAAGGCUGGCUUUGCUGGUGAGAAUGGACCUCGAGUCAUCUUGAGAUCUGAAGUCAAGUGUAGGGAGACAGGCAACACAGUACCAGUGUUUGAGACCCAGGAUAAGGAGGAACUACGUCAUCGUUUGGUUGACUUCAUCCACAAACUUUAUUUCAAGCACUUGCUUGUGAAUCCUAAGGACAGAAGGGUUGUGGUUGUCGAGAACCUCCUGACGCCUUCCAACACGCGCAACAUCUUGGCUAAAGUUCUCUUCAGACACUAUGAGGUUUUAUCAGUGGUAUUUGCACCAUCCCACCUUGUGGCUUUAAUGACCCUAGGAAUUAACACUGGUAUGGUAAUGGAUAUUGGCUAUCAAGAGGUCACACUUAUACCUGUGUUUGAGGGCGUUCCUAUUCUAUCAGCCUGGCAAGCACUGUCAUUAGGAGGCAAAGCAGUUCAUAGUUCUUUGAGUGAAUUGCUGCUAGAUCGCGGAUUGUCAGUUGGAGAGGAUGGGAAGGAACAGAGGCUCUCGUCGGUAAUGGAAACGCUUCCUGAAAAGGUCUUAGAGGAUAUAAAAGUCCGAACUUGCUUUGUAUCAACACUGGAAAGGAGCUCAAAGCUGCACAGCAACAAGUAUGACCGUUCAAUCGAACCCCCUCCUCCCCCUCCAUCUGUGUUGUACCCCCUAUCUGGCAGUCGCAAUCUUACUAUCCCUGGUACAGUGAGGGAGUUGGCUACUGAAGUUCUGUUUGAGCAGGAUCGUGAUGCUCUUAGCCUGCCAACAAUCAUAUUGGAUUCUUUGCAGAAGUGUCCAAUUGAUACCCGCCGAAUGCUUGCAGAGAACCUGGUCAUUAUUGGAGGCACUGCCAGCAUGUUAGGCCUUAGACACCGCCUGCUGGCUGAAAUUCGCACUCUCGCUGCUUCGGAAGCAUUCAGCAAAGUGGUGAAGAUCAAUUCUUUCAAGAUCCACAACCCACCUGCCAAAGCUAAUUAUGUGGCCUGGCUCGGAGGUGCCAUCCUUGGAGGGACAGAGGCAGUGGCCUUGCGCACACUCCCCCGCGACCAGUUCCUGGUGAAUGACCGAGUGCCUGACUGGUGUGACCUCUCAUGCAACCUGAAGGAGGAACGGGAUGAGAAGUCAGCCUGAUCUCCCAUUUAACCACCUCCAAGACCUGUUUGAUCUUCUUGAUUCUCUUGACAUUUCCAAUUUUCUAAUCUUUUCAGACUUUCCACUUGACCUUCCUGACCUCCUACCUAAGGAGACUUUCCUUAAUUUUACUCUUGGCUGUCAAUAUUUUCUUUGCUCUCCACUUGACCUGUCUGACCUUAACUUCUGUGACCAAUGUGAUACCACAAAAGCCACCUCUAACAUGCAGCAGUUUGGCUUUUGCUUCAUUUUUGUUGUAUUCUGAGAUGCCGGGUCGGAUUUGUAUAUAUUUUUGUAUUUAUUAGGAUGGCAUUCCUGGUUAGAAAAUAUAAGUGAAAAAGUGCAAGUGAAUGACUUAGACCAUUUUUAUGUGAAUUUUGUCUUGAAAUCUAAUAAGGAAGCAGAAAGCAGCUUUAACAAUAAUUAUGAUAUUUUAAUAUGUUGAUUUUAAUUGUGGAAAUAUAUGCUUAUGCUGUAGAAGGUUUAUGUUUUAUUUUUUAUAAUAGCAGAAAUCCUGCAAAUUAACAUGUUUUAUGAUAAUUUUUGUGUUUUUUAUUGUUCAUUAAUUUGUUUUUUACAUAUAAUCCUAUGCACAAGACUGGGAAAGCAGUGUUUUUUUGGAACUAAAUUCAUUAUUAUGUACUAGUACUAUACAUUUGUCAUUUUAAUACUCUUCUACAAUUUACUAAUUUCUUUAAAUGCACUCAGGUUUUCCAGAAUGUUGGGUAAUUUUCAUGAACAUAGUUUUUUUCUUUUGCUUUUUAUUUUCACGGAAUAUAUUACAAUGUUAUAAUGUAUUAGGGAAUUAUGUUUUUUAUUUACAAUUUUUCUUUUAUAAUACACAAUAAAGAACAGUUAAUUUCAACAGAAAAUAUCAGCAAACAUAGGUAAUAUAUUUCUGUAAAAUUGUGACAUUUUAAACAGUGUUUUUUCUUCAGGAUAAAAUGUUAAGAACUUGUAAAUGCUUAGAUGGGUAGAGCCAGUGACUAAAUACCCAUAGGCAGAAUUAUUAGAAAGCUGGGUAGCAUAUAUUUUAUGAUGUAAGAUUAUUUAUAUAAUCCCAAAGAACACACAGUUGAAAUGUCAAGUAAUAUCAUACUUUAUGGAAAUUAUUCCUUCUCUUUGUCACCUCUUUUCUCAGAGAUAUGUUGGAUAUUACUAUGUUUAGAAGUUGACGAGCACGCUUCCAGUAUUUCUUUAUGUAUGUUUAUAAUGCAACGUUACUCUUGUCAACUUGAAGAGUGGUGCAGCUUUAACUAAAUAUAUUGUACAAUCACAACUUC